AUGGAAAAGACCUGUGCAGCCUUGCAGGCCGCCCUCGGUUCCGACAAGGUCCUGUUUCCGGGAAGCGACGCAUACGCCGCAGCGCUUACGUCGUAUUUUAGCCCGCAAGUCUCGGGCCUCCAUCCCCAGUGCUUCGUCACGCCCAGGUCGCCCCGCGAUGUAUCCUGCGUGAUUGAGACCAUGAGAGCCACCGGAGGCGAGUUUGCCAUACGGGGCGGCGGGCACCAGUGGUUCCGAGGCGCGACCAGUUGCUCCGGAGUCACAGUCGACAUGCGCGGCCUCGACUCGGUCGUCAUCAGCGGCGACAGGUCGAGCGUGACUGUCGGCGCGGGCGCGACAUGGGACGCCGUCUACGAGACGCUGGAUGUGCUGGGCUUCAGCGCCGCGGGCGGCCGUGUUGCCGGCGUCAUUUUGUUCGAGGUUGUUCUCGCCGACGGCUCCGUUGUCGAGGCCAGCGAGCAGCAAAACUCGGACCUGUGGCUGGCGCUCCGCGGCGGGUGCAACAUCUUUGGCAUCAUUACUAGCCUCGAUGCCGUCGACCAGCAAGCCCGCGUGUAUGCCGAGCUUAUGGAUCCGGCCAAGUAUGACGAGAAUGCGUCGUUCCUCUUUGGCUGGUCUUUCAACAGCACGCACAAAUUGAGCGUUGCCCUGAACCUGCUCAUCUACACCAAGCCCAACGGCAACGAGGUCCCCCAGGUGCCGCCUUUUACCAACCGACAAGGCGUCUCACUGCAGCCGCCACAAGCGGCCCGCUACCUCUCGACAACGGUGACCUUUGCGCCUACAGAGGCCAUGAUCCGCGCCACGUUCGACGCCUACAACGCCAGCUUGCCGUCGGUACAGGACAUCGCAGGCAUCAGUUGGAACAUCAACCUGGAGGCGCUGCCGCCGCAGCUGUACGCGCUGGGGCUGGCAGACCGGUCCGGGCGGCUCGCCGUGUGUCUCUUGUCGCCUGCGUGGUCUCGUGCCGGCGACGACGACAAGGUAUACGCGGCGGCGCGCACGCUCAUGGAGGAGAUUAACUGUAGAGCAAGGGACCUCGGGGCACACGACCCGUACAUCUACAUGAACUACGCGGCGCCGGGGCAGGAAGUGAUUGCGAGCUACGGGCAGGCGAGCGUGGCACAGCUGCAGCACGUCAGGGCAAGGGUUGAUCCCCACGGCCUCUUCACCCAUCAGGUUCCCGGGGGGUUCAAGAUUCCCCAGUGA